GGAGUAUAAUAAAUAUAAACUACAAUGGUAACCGGGAAAAGAGAAGGAGUGAGAGCUCUUUCUUACUUACUCCCAACCUGUCGCCGAGGUUGUGUGGUUUGUAGUGUAUCGUAUACGCGCUGCACCACAUGUGUUUAUGUUUUGUUAAGAUAAUUUGUAAUUCAUUGAAAUAAACUACAGGGGCAUGGGGAAGAAUAAGAAGAACAAAACCAAGGAGUCGGGUACAACGGCGAGCAAAGCCGGACAACAUUCAAGGAGUCACAACAGUGAUAAGAAGCUCAAACGAGAUGGUAAACCCAAGAAAGCCAAACAAGACCACCUCGAACACAUCCCCUUUAAACUACGAGAGAUAAUGAAGAGCAAAGAGAGAAUGAAAACUGGAUCCUUGAACACCAAAAAGCUUAAAGAGGCCAUCUCCCCUAAAGGUAAACCAGAGGAUUCCGAAAGUGGAGACAUACCUGUCCCACAUUUCAGGAGGGGAAAGACGGAAAGUGAGAAAGCAUACCUGUGGCGCAUGGAGAAUGAGACAAAACACGUCCUGUUUCUCACAAAGAACCAAGUAGACAGAAAGCCUGAGCUGGAUGAAGACAAACAAGAGAGGCCCGCAGACACGGGCAAGUCUGAGAAAAAGAAGGAGCAUGAUAAAGUCAGAUUACAGAGGCUACAUCAGAAAAAGUUGGACAGACAAGAGGACCAGAUGGAAAAAGAGAGGUUUGUAGAUUAUGUUCCCUUUGGUGAAGUUGCAAUGGCCCCGCCGUCUUUCAGCACCAAACCCAAGAAAGCGCCAGUCAGAGCUCAGAAGGCAUCAAAGGAGCUGCUUCUUAACUCUCUCUUAGGCCAUACUGUGAUCUCCACAGCCAAGCCCUCCAUGGCCAGACAGAGGAUCAUGGAGGAGGAGAGGGAACGAGCAGUGGAGGCCUACCGCAUUCUUAAGAAACAGAAACAACAGCAGCAUGAGGCCAGGGCUGCCAAUCUGGAAAAACUUAAGAACCCUCAGUGAUGUUUUAUUUGUAAUUUAGAAGUGCCUGACUUCAGUCAAAAGUGGAGCACAGAAACUGAAACAAUGAAAGGUAACCAUCAGCAGACUGUAAUGUAUGUGUGAUGGAACUGGAACUGCCAGUGUGGAACCUUCCCACAAUGUAACUGUCAAGGGAAAGAAGCAAACACUUGAUUCACUGCCCACAGUAUGAGGUCAGUAGUGAUCAACCUUCACUUGCCACUUCCACUGUCUCAUAUUUAGAUCCAAAAAAAUGUUAUUAAAUUUUUAAAAACCUUCUGAAGAAAACCGCUUCACCCCUAACUAACUACAUUGAUACAGGUUUAUUUCUUGCCCCUCAGAACCGUGUCAAAUGUUAACACUCAGCCAUGGCGUUUACUUGUAUUUACACUGUUUUUGUAUUUGCAUCUUUAGUCACUAUGACAUCAUUUGUGAUGUUGUAGACAAUAAAAUCAUAAAGGCUACGCAUGUCACAGCAAAGAUAAACCUUUAAUUCUUUGCUGUUGUCCCACUAGAUGGCAGUCCUCCUGCAGAAAGCUGCUUUCAUGUUUGCAUGUUUGAGCAGAACAUGCACACUGAAUUGUUUUGGACUUUUUGGAAGAAGAAAAAAAGAG